AUGCGUGUUCUUCAUCGCCCAACAUUCAUGCGUCAGUAUGAAAGGCUAUGGCAUAACAACGAAUCCGAGAUCGGUUCCUCAUCCAGCAUCAUCGCACAGCUCACAAGCCUUAUGACCAGAGCUUACUUGCUGGAUAACGCAACAAACGCCAACGAGCACGAAGCCCAUACGCUCUAUCUGAAAGAGACGGCUAUCAACUAUGUCGAAGCAUGGCUCGACGAACUUGGACGAAAACAGAGGACCGAGCUAUCAACUCUUCAAGUCGAGAUACUUGUGCUGUUUUCCAGUAGCGUUCGAAAGCCAGAGACGCUUUGGCGUUCUAGUGGCGCCCUUGUACGCUCAGCUAUGACGAUUGGCUUACAUUGGGAUCCGGCCAACAUAAAGUCUAUUUCACUUUAUCAGAAGGAGAUGCGAAAGCGGCUGUGGGCAACCGUUCUAGAAAUCGAUCUACAAGCGUCAAUGAUGGGAGGAAUGCCCUUGAUAGCUCCUGAUCUCGACAAUUACAAUCCAGUACCGACAAAUUUAAACGAUGAGGAUUUCGAUGAAUCUUCAACAAAAAUACCCGCUUCGCGCCCACUCAGCGAUCUCACAGACACUGUAUACCAGGUUUACCUUGCUACAUCUCUUCCCCAGCGGUUCGAGGCUCUUUCGCUUGUGCAGCGCUCGACACCUGAUGCGAACGAGGCAAUCGAAAUAGGGAGGAAAGUCGAAAAGUGCUUAGUUUCCAAACCCUCGAUCCUCAGCUUGCACCGCAGUCAACUAAUGCCUGGCGAUCGAGGUGAUCUACUGCAUCGCGUUCUUCUCGAUUUGUACCUUCGGCGACCGCUAUUCUGCUUGUACAAACCACUCCUUUAUAACGACCAGGGAAACCCCGAAGCGACCAAAGAAGUCUGGCUACAUUGCAUCGAUUCAUCGCUAGCCAUACUCGCCUAUCAGGAUUUCUAUAAUCCUCCAAUCUUGAAGGAAGCAGCUGAUGGACCAUCAUCGGAGCAAGACUUUUACUAUUAUACGUGCAAAACAGACACUUUGUGGGCAGCUCUUAUGAUAUGCCAGCGCAUCAAACAAAUCUGCCAGCACCCAGAGCAGCAAAUGCACGCACAUCAUGAACAAGCACUUGUUGCAACUGUGCAAAAUACCAUCAGAUCUCUCAUCGCGAGAAUGGGGCGCAAAGGAAGUGAUUUGAAAGACAUCAUCUUCCUCUCUCUGGUGCUGAAGUGGGUGCAGUUACCGGACUCAUGUCCAGAAAGAACCUAUGAGCUCCACCUAACCGCCACGAGAACAAUGGCGGCUUGUGUCGAUCAAUUGCUGCAGUAUGAGCUCCGAAGUAACCAUUAUCGACAUCGACAAGACGAGUACACUGAACCGUUGCCGCGCAUACGAACUUCCGCAACACCCAUGUCGCAUAUUACCAUCAACAGCAACCCCAUCACACCGGGACUGGCACUUAAUCCAUCGCUACCUGAGCGUCGCGCUACGCCAAACAUUUCUGAGGAAGCUGAACAAUGGCUCAGCGACUUUCCUGGAUUAGCUGCUGAGUUUACGAACUUUCAAGCUGAAUUGUACAAUGGCAACGAUGCUUUCAAUAGUGGUGUGGCGCAAGAUUGGGAAUAUUUUUGGCAGUAA